GUAAUGACGACACGGAUCAAAGUCGACGAAACUUUUCAUUGUAGAUAGGAUUCCGAUAUGAUUAAGGGACUCGUUUUUAAAAAUUCCUUCAUAUUUAAAUAUGUUAAAUCUUUUAGAAACGGGAUCCAUUCGUGGACAACUCGAAACAUGCAAAUCACAAAGAUGGGAAGUGGAGCAACUUUUAAAGAAGUUCGAAUUCCUAUCGAAUACGGACAUUUGGCAGCAAAGGAAUACGGAUGCGCAUCGGGGAAGAAAUUGAUAGCUCUUCACGGAUGGCAAGAUAAUGCGGGAUCAUUCGAUCCGCUGAUUCCUCAUCUUUCCACGGAUUUGCAUAUUGUCGCCGUAGAUCGAGCAGGACACGGCCUAUCGUCUCAUAAGCCUUUGGGUCAUCCGUAUUACUUUUGGGAUUAUAUAAAUCAAAUCAAAAUUGUUGCCGAUUUCUAUAACUGGAAGGAAUUCUCAAUGUUAACACACAGUGUAGCAUACACUCUUGCCGUCCUGUUUGCCGGUGUUUAUCCACAAUCGGUAAGGAAAGUUAUUGGUUUAGACGACGUGCUAAGUAAUACGAUGUACUCUUCGGAACUGAUGCCAGAAGUUACGAAAAAUAAUAUAUACAGGUUUAUCGAAUUAGAAGAGAAGCUGAACAACGAACCACCCGCUUAUUCCAUAGAUGAAGCCGUUAAGCUUCUGAUAAAGGGUACAUAUAACGAUCUUACCGAAGAAGGUGCAAAAGUGUUGAUGAAACGUGGAGUUAAACCACUGGAAAACGGGAAAGUGGUUUUCUCGCGCGACAUUAGAGUGAAGAAUGUGUGGGAUAAUGGUUUACUGUGUCGCGACAUCACGAAAACAAUCAUUUCGAACGUAAAGUGUGAUGUAUUGCUUAUCAAAGGUACAGAAUCUUCGUACACUACGAACGAAAACGUGAACGAACUUUUGGAAAUUUACAAAGCCAAAUGCCCAACAUUCGAAAUGGUUAAAUUAGAGGGAAACCAUUACGUGCAUUUCUGUAAUCCUCAGUUGGUUGCCUCGCUUGUUAACUCCUUUAUGUUCGAUUUAAAUAUUAAAGAUUCUUUGUGAAUAUACGAAAAAGAAGCGCUCCAAAAGUGUAUUUUGAAUAUUUAAUAGGUGUUUUAUAACAACUGAAAAUUCGUCGGGAAUUUAUUCGAAAAUUUACAUCUGUCUCCUGAAGUACGGAAUAAAAC